AUGACUUCUUUCAUGGCAGCCUGUCACGGAACCUCUUCCUUUUCCUCCUCCUCUUUCACUCCUAGAUGGGCUUAUGAUGUAUUCUUGAGUUUUAGAGGUAAAGAUACUCGCAAAACUUUUACUGCUCAUUUAUACGCAGCAUUACGUCGAAACGGAAUCAACACCUUCAUAGACAACAAGCUUAGAAGUGGAGAGGAAAUUUCACCAACACUUCUCAAAGCCAUUGAAGAGUCGCAGAUUUCAAUUAUUGUACUUUCUAAAAACUACGCAUCAUCUGGAUGGUGCUUGGACGAGUUAAUGAAGAUCCUUGAGUGUAGAAAAACUAAGGGACAACAGUUUCUGCCGUUGUUCUACGACGUAGAUCCAUGGGAAGUACAGCGUCAAACCAAUUGUGUUAAAAUAGCAUUUGCUAACCUUAAAGAAAAAUUCAAGGAUGAUCAAUUGAAGCUGAAGAGGUGGGAGACAGCCCUAGUAGAAGUGGCCAAUUUGUCUGGGAGGCCUUUGGAUAACAAGUAUUUCUAA